AUGAAAGGUAUUUUCAUCAAGGGCCCAGCGGUUAGGGGCGUGGCCUCUCUGGAGCUAAAUAUGGACCAAUCAGUGAUCAUCAAACCCGUCCACUCGUCACUUCUUGGGCAGGACUACUGCUUUGAGGUGACGGCGUCGACCGGGACCAAGUGCUUCUCAUGUCGCUCGGCGGCCGAGCGCGACAAGUGGAUGGAGAACCUGCGGCGAGCCGUGCAGCCCAACAAAGACAACAGCCGACGCGUGGACAACCUACUCACACUCUGGGUUAUCGAAGCCAAAGACCUGCCGCCCAAGAAGAGGUACUUUUGCGAAGUGUGCCUGGACGACAGUUUGUAUGCGCGCACGUCUUGCAAGACAAAGACGGACAACGUCUUUUGGGGCGAACGCUUGGACUUCAGCGGCCUGCCGAGCGUGGAAGCCGUCACGCUGCAUGUCUACAAAGAGACGGACAGGAAGCGCAAGAAGGACAAGAGCAGCUACGUGGGCCUGGUCAACAUUCCCGUAGCCACGGUGACGGGAAGACAGCUGAUAGAGAAGUGGUACACGCUCAGCAUGCCCAGCACCAUUCGAGGGAAGUCCGGCGUGCCAACAGUGCGCGUGAAGGCGCGCUACCAGAGCGUGGUGAUCCUACCCAUGGAGCAGUACAAAGAGUUCGCUGAGUUCAUCAGCGCCAACUACCUUCUGCUCUGCAACACGCUGGAGGCGUCCAUCGGCCUGAGAGCCAAAGAGGAAGUGGCCAAGGCGCUGGUUCACAUCCUGCACAGCACCGGCAAAGCUAAGGACUUCCUGACUGACUUGAUGAUGUCGGAGGUGGACCGUUACCGUGACAACGAUCAGCUGAUCUUCCGAGAGAACACCCUGGCCACCAAGAGCGUCGAGGAAUACUUGAAGCUCAUCGGACAGAAGUACCUGCAGGACGCUCUAGGCGAGUUCAUCAAAGCUCUUUACGAGUCGGACGAGAACUGCGAGGUGGACGUGUCUCGCUGCUCUGGCUCGGACCUGGCGGAGCAUCAGGCCAACCUCAGGAUGUGCUGCGAACUGGCCUUCUGCAAGAUCCUCGACUCUUACAGGGUGUUUCCCCGGGAGCUGAAGGAGGUUUUCGCCUCGUGGCGUCAGGAAUGUGCCCAGCGUGGCAGAGCGGACAUCAGCGAGCGUCUGAUCAGCGCCUCGCUCUUCUUGCGCUUCCUGUGCCCGGCCGUCAUGUCACCGUCGCUCUUCCAGUUGACGCAGGUUUACCCGGACCAGCGCACCGCUCGCACCUUGACUCUCAUUGCCAAAGUCAUUCAGACGCUGGCCAACUUUAGCAAGUUCGGCAGCAAAGAGGAGUACAUGCUCUUCAUGAACGACUUUGUGGAGCGGCAGUGGAGCAGCAUGCAACGAUUCCUGCAGGAAAUCUCCAACCCCGAGGGACUCAACCACAGCGGCACCGGCUUCGACGGCUACGUGGACCUUGGACGGGAGCUUUCCUGCCUGCACGCCUCGCUAGCCGAGUUGGACCAGUCGUGCCUGGCCAAGCUCAGUCCGCUUCCCCGGAUCUUGAGGGACGUGUCGGCGGCUCUUGCGAACCCCGGGGGCGGGGCUUAUCCCGGAAAAGCCGCCUCACCUGAGCAUCGGCGCUUGGUAUCUCCCCCUCCGUUGUCCCCGCCCCUUUCUCCGCCUCUAGCGACCUGCAAUCCCUCCCUGGGCCAGCAGUGCGGCGUCGGACCGGACGGAGGUCUUUUGGACUUCACCCGACUUCCUUCGCCGACGCCCGAAAACAAAGAUUUGUUCUUCGUUACAAAAGGUGCCAGCCUGCAGCCGGCAUCGGGCUCGCGAGGCUCCCCGGCCCCGAGCUCAUCCUACUCGGAGCCCAACGACGACGCGACUUUCGGGAGGGCCGGGCGGGACCUGAGCGCGGAGGGGCGGAGCUUGUCCCUGGUGGACCUGCAGGAUGGCAUGGACGCCCCGGACGACGUCCAGUGGCAGCGCAGGGCGGGGCUCCUGCCGUUGUCUUUCCAGAACCCCGUCUAUCAAAUGUCGUCGCGCCGACGGGUUGAUGCCCCGCCCACGGAGGGCGGAGACCCGGCCGCUCCCAAGCCCGCGUUCCUCACGCAGAUGCAAGUGGGCGUGCCUGGGGGCGGCGAACGAGGAGAGCGCCUGUCGGGGAUGUCCGGCAGCAGCAGCGGAGACGAGCAAAACCGGAGAACGCUCUCGGAAAACAUCACAAUUACUUCCAGCGUCGCUCCCCCCCGUCAGAACUCUUCAGGUCCCCAGCGCCGAAUCGACCAACCGCCGCCGCCCUCCUCGGCACCCCCGCCGCGUGGUCGCACGCCGCCCGGGGCGCUCCCCCCUCGUCCCGCCUCCGGGAGCGUGAUGUCGUCCAGUCCAGAUUGGGCGAGCGGCGGCGGGCAUUCGCGUCUUCGCCAGGCCUCGUCCUCAUCCAAGGGGGACAGUCCCGAAAAACCGCGCUCUGGCAACAAGGCGCCGUCUCCGUGCGCGCUGGACCGCACGGCGGCCUGGCUUCUCAACAUGAACUCGGCGUCCGCCUACGUCGAGACGGACGACGAUCGUCACGACGACGCCCUGGCGGAAAAGUACCGGCAGGACAUUGCAUUGCUGCAGGAGAAGCUACGCGUGGCUGCGCUGCGUCAGGAGGAGUGCGAGGCCCGCCUCCUGGUUCAGGACCAGCAGAACCAGCGCCUCCUACAGGAGUACCAGGCUCGGCUGGAGGACACCGAAAGUCGACUGAGGAGGCUCCAGGAUGACAAAGAUCUCCAGAUGAACAGCAUCAUCAGCAGGUUAAUGGCAGUGGAAGAGGAGCUGAAGAAAGAUCACUCGGACAUGCAGGCAGUGGUGGAUUCCAAGCAAAAGAUCAUUGAGGCCCAGGAGAAACGGCUAGCCAAUCUGGAUGCUACCAACAGUCGCCUGAUGGCGGCGUUAGCUCAACUUAAAGAGCGUUACGGGGUGCCGCAGCAGAGGAACGGUUUGUCGCCUAGCAACACGUCGUCCUUGCAGAUCACGGAAAACGGCGAGUUCCGCAAUUCGGGCAAUUGUUGA